AUGCCUUCCGAAAAAGUAGUGUCUGGUGACAUUGAAUUUUCUCCAAAACUUGCUUUUUAUCUUAAUGGAACCAGAAUAGAAAUCAAUAAUCCAGAUCCUGAUACGACAUUGCUUCAAUAUGUUCGUUCCAUUGGACUUACUGGAACUAAGUUAGGAUGCGCUGAAGGUGGUUGUGGUGCCUGUACAGUCAUGAUAUCAUCUUAUGACCUAAAAUCAAGAAAGAUCUCGCAUUAUUCAGUUAAUGCAUGUUUAUUACCUUUAUGUUCAGUGGAAGGUAAACAUGUUAUUACGAUAGAAGGAAUUGGGAACGUAAAAUAUCCACAUCCUGUUCAGCUUUAUUACAUGGGAAUUGCAAUGUCACUUUAUGUUUUAUUGCGUAAUAAUCCUAAUCCUACCGAAGAAGAAAUUGAAGAAUGUUUUGAUGGAAAUUUAUGUAGAUGUACUGGUUAUCGUCCUAUUUUGGAUGCAGCAAAAACUUUUGCAAAACCAUCAUCUGGUCAGAAUAAUUAUAAAGAUGAUGAUGAAACUAUAGUCAAUGGUGAUCUUAAAAAUGUGACUUGUGGUCGAGCUGAUUGUUGUAAAUUGAGAAUUGAUACCAAUGGGAAAAUUGGAAAAUAUGAUCCAUCUCAAGAAUUAAUAUUUCCACCAUUACUUAUGAAUCACGUUCCUGUUGCUCUCUGUUUCUCGGGUAGAAAAACAAUGUGGUUUAGACCUAUUAAUUUGAAUCAAUUAUUUUAUUUAAAAUCAAAAUAUCCUGAAGCAAAAUUAAUUUCUGGUAACACUGAAGUUGGUAUUGAAACCAAAUUUAAGAAAAUGGAUUAUAAUGUUCGAAUUUUUGUUGGGGAUAUUCUGGAAUUAAAAACUUGGGAAUUUCAAGAGAAUGGAUUAUUGAUUGGUGCAAAUGUUAGCCUUACAAAAUUCCAAACCAUUUUACAGGAUGCUUGUAAACAUUACAAGUCAUAUCAAACCCAAGUUUUUAAAGCUCUUCUAUUUAAUUUACGGUGGUUUGCAGGAAAUCAAAUCCGUAAUGUUGCUACUCCUGCUGGAAACAUUGUUACUGGUUCACCAAUAUCAGAUUUAAAUCCUAUCUUCCUUUCAACUCGAACAAAAUUUAUUCUCACCUCAUCAUCUAAAAAUAGUCGCGAUAUUCCAGCCACAUCUUUUUGGACAGGAUAUCGACAAAAUUGUUUAGAUAAAAUUGAAAUAUUAGAAAAAAUAUUUAUUCCUUGUUCAAAAUUAGGUCAAUAUGUGCGAGCUUAUAAACAAGCCAAAAGACGUGAUGAUGAUAUUGCGAUUGUUAAUUCUGGAUUAUCUAUUAUUUUAGAUGAAAAAAAUAUUGUGCAAGAGGCAUCAUUUGCUUUUGGAGGUAUGAGUGGUCUUUCUGUCAGAGCACCAAUAUCGGAAAAUUUUGUUUUAGGAAAAUUUUGGGGAGAUGAAAACAUUUUUAUGGGUCUUCUUAAUAAAUUGAGUGAGGAAUUACAAUUAAGUUUUUCUUCUCCUGGUGGUAUGAUUGCAUAUCGUAAAUCAUUAGUUUCUGGAUUUAUGUAUAAAUUUUGGCAUGAUGUGUCAAAAUGUGUUGGUAUUCAAACUUCUGUUAGUGAUGAGGAAGUUGAAAAUUUUGUUGGAAUUAUAGAACGUCAAGUUUCAAAAGGUGUUCAAUUAAUUGGUCAACCUGAAGAAGACAAGAAAAUUGUGGGUAAAUCAAUUCCAGCUAUUUCAGCUUUGAAGCAAGUGACUGGUGAAGCAAUUUAUGUAGAUGAUUUACCAAAACAACAUGGUGAAUUAUAUGGAGCUCUUGUUUUAUCACAAAAAGCUCAUGCAAAAAUAAUUAAGAUUGACGCGUCAAUUGCUUUAGAAAAAUCGGGUGUAAAAGGAUUUUUUACAGCAAAAGAUGUUCCAGGUGAUAAUAAAUGGGGUGCGGUAUUUCAAGAUGAAGAAAUAUUUGCUAGUGAAGAAGUUCAUUGGCAAGUUAUUGGUUUAAUUGUGGCUGAUACACAAGCAAUUGCUCAAGAAGCGACCAACUUGGUAAAGAUAGAAUAUGAAGUAUUACCUCAUAUAUUAACUAUUGAAGAAGCAAUUGAAAAAAAUAGCUUCUAUCAUAUUGAAAGACGUUUAUCAACUGGUGAUGUUGAAAAAGGAUUUCAAGAAGCUGAUCUUAUUUUUGAAGAAACAAAUGCUGCAUUAGUAAUUCCAAAACCUGAAGACAAUGAAUUUGAAAUUCAUUCAUCUUCUCAAGCUCCCACAGCAGUUCAAAAAGAUUGUGCGUCGGUGCUGGGAAUUGCAGCAAAUAAAGUUGUAUGUCGAGUAAAAAGAAUUGGAGGAGGUUUCGGUGGAAAAGAAACAAGAAGUAUUCCUUUACCUCUUGUUUUGGCAGUUGGCGCUUGGCAUCUUAAAAAACCAAUUAGAUGCAUGUUGGAUCGUGAUGAAGACAUAAUUAUAUCUGGGCAACGUCAUCCUUACUUGGGACGUUGGAAAGUUGGUGUUAGUAAAGAAGGAAAGCUUCUUGCUUACGAUUUACAGUUGUAUGGUAAUAUGGGAUGGUCAUGCGAUCUUUCAUUGGGUGUUUUGGAACGUGCAAUAACACAUGUAGAUAAUUGUUAUUAUUGUCCAAACGUGAGAAUAAUUGGAAAAUUAUGUAAAACCAAUAUUCAUUCCAAUACUGCCUUUAGAGGUUUCGGAGCUCCUCAAGGAAUGAUGAUUACUGAAAAUAUGAUGAGUGAAAUAAGCGAUCGUUUGGGAAUUGAUCCAAUCGAAACAAGAGAAAAAAACUAUUAUUUAGAAGGUCAAAAAACUCAUUUUAAUCAGAUACUAAGGGAUUGGCAUAUUCCUGCAUUACAUCAACAAGUUAUGGAAUUAAGUGAUUAUGUUAACCGAAGAAAGAAGGUUGAUGAUUUCAAUUCAAAGAACAAAUGGCGUAAACGAGGUUUAACCUUAAUUCCCACAAAAUUUGGACUUUCGUUUACUGUGUUACACUUAAAUCAAGCCGCUGCUUUAGUUCAUAUAUAUACUGAUGGAAGUGUUCUUGUUAGUCAUGUUCAUCUUAUGGAAACUGCUACAAAUUUGGUUAUUAAUACGUCACCAACUGCAGCUAGUGUUAGCAGUGAUAUUAAUGGUUUUGCAGUUUUUAAUGCUUGCCAAACUUUGUCUGAAAGAUUAAAACCAUAUCGAGAAAAAAUGCCUGGUAAAAGUUUUAAAGAGAUUGUUCUGGCUGCAUAUCUUGAUAGAGUUAAUUUAUCUGUUAAUGGAUUUUAUAAAACUCCGGAUAUUAAUCAUAACUGGGAUAAAAAUGAAGGACAAGCUUUUUAUUAUUUUACAACUGGAGUUGCUUGUACUGAAGUUGAAGUUGAUAUUUUAACAGGGGAUCAUACUAUUAUAAGAACCGAUUUGGUAAUGGAUAUUGGUCGAAGUUUAAAUUAUGCUAUAGAUGUUGGUCAAAUUGAGGGUGCAUUUGUACAAGGUGUAGGAUGGUGCACAAUGGAAGAAACUUUACAUUUUCCAACUGGACACAUUUUCACAAAAGGACCAGGAAAUUAUAAGAUACCUGGUUUUAGAGAUAUUCCACAAGAUUUUCGUAUUUAUACAUUCGAUGGAAAAUAUUCAAAUCUGAAAACAAUUCAUAGUAGUAAAGGAGUUGGGGAACCGCCAUUAUUUUUGGGUUCUUCGGUAUUUUUCGCUAUUAGAGAUGCUAUUAAAGCUUUCCGGUUGACAAAUAAUAACCAUAAAGCUGUGACGCUUUGUUCUCCAGCAACUCCGGAAAGAAUUCGUCUUGCUUGUGAAGAUGAAUUUGUAAAGAAAGCCCACGUUCGAAAAAAGGAUGGUGAAAAAGAAUGGAUUCUUGCAGUUUAA